AUGCUAUAAACCUCUCUAGAACCCUGAACCUUAAAUCUGUGCACUCAAACCAACAACAUACCACAAAACAAUGAACUAGAACAACAACAACUAAUACAAUUACAUGCUUCUUCAGCAGCAAAAUCAAGAAAAGGCAUCAUGGCCACUGAAAUCGUUUCUGGAAACAGGAAUUCGUCGAAGAGGCGCAGGUGUGGAAGUGAUUCGUUGGAGGACACUCUUGAGAAGUGGAAGAAGAAGAACAGUGACAUUCAACAUGAUUUCUCCACAAAUGGGGUGCAUGUGGUUCACAAAGUUCCAGCAAAAGGGUCCAAGAAAGGGUGCAUGAAAGGUAAAGGAGGGCCUCAGAACUCUGAGUUUAGAUACAGAGGUGUGAGGCAGAGGAUUUGGGGUAAGUGGGUUGCUGAAAUUCGCGAACCAAUCAGCAACCAUGAGAGUAAGAAGAAUGCAAAGAGGCUUUGGCUUGGUACUUUCACCACUGCAUUUGAAGCUGCUCUUGCUUAUGACAAAGCGGCUAAGACAAUGUACGGUUCAGGCGCACGUUUGAACUUUCCGGAGCAUGAUUUGGAGUCAGUAGGCUCUGAAGAAUCACCAAGUAAGAAUGGAAUUAUAUUUAGUGGUGAGGCCCCUAAAGCUGAGGAUUUGGAUGGUAAUUUUCAUCAGUUUUGUGAAGACAAACCUAAUUUUUCUGAUGUUGAAGCAUUGGAGGGAACAAAGGAAGAAGAUCAUGAUGUCCAAGAAAAUGAGAAAUGUGAUGAUGCAAGUGUUGUUCAUAAGGAAAUGAAGGAUAUUGAAGCUAAAAUACCUGGAGAAAGUGAAGGAAUCGAAGGAGAAUCAGAAGAGGUUUUGAAGUGUUCUGGCUCUGGUGUUGAGUUUACUGAUAUGGCAAUGAAUUCUGGAGCUGAUGGCACGGCUUCUGACGCCAACGAGCAUGAGAUUGUAGCGAAUAAUAUAGAAGUACCAAUCGAAGAAUCGACCAAAAGUUUAACAUCAUCAUGUGAUUUGAGCAAUAUUGACAACCAUUGUGAUGAUUACUUUAACAAUCAGAUAUCAGAUGAGGAUUGCAACCCCAAACCUAAUUAUGAUCAGUCAAACAUAAAAAAUGAGGCAUAUAUGGUGAAGAAGAAACAUGUGGAGGAAGUAAUUUCUGAAAUUCUAAGACUUUAUAGCAACAAGUGCUCAAAUAACUGUAUUCAAUCUCAAAAUGAGAAUGAUGAAAAUCAACCUUCUGUUAAUGCUGAAGAAGAGAAGCCACUGAUGCCAGUAGAAGCUGACAUGGUACAAACUUGCAACUGCUACGGCUGCGAUAAUAGCGAUGAUGAAAUUAAAAAUGAGCCUAAUGGUUCAGAUGACAAUGUUGGAGAAAUGUAUGAGUUUCAGGCUUUGAACAGCAACAUUGAUAGGAAGCUUGAAUUGCAAGAAAAAGGAGAUGAUGGAAAUGUGUUAUCUGAAUUCAGUUCCAAGCAUAAUAGGAAGCUGUGUGAACAUCUGAAUAAUAUGCAGGUUGCUAGCAUAGAAAUGGAUCAUGAUUAUAGUUUUUUGAGACCUGACUAUGAUUUUGGGUUAUUAGAAGAGCAGAAGUUACUUGAUUUAUGCUUUUCACAUUUAGGAUCUUAGGAGUUCACAAAUGCUUACAAAUUUUGUUUUCAUUUUGAUGAGGUUAGUGAAUGAACAUAUUGAUGUUUUUCUACCCACUAUUGUUAAUGUAAAAGGCAAAUUAGUAGACU